UGACGAUUGCUGUCAUGAGUCUCAUGCAAACUUCUUGCAAAUCGAUUCAUGUUUGACUCACAAAUGUGAAGGAGAGAAGGAGUAAACAGGUGACAACUGAAUGCCAGAUGUUCAAAAGAGAACAAAUUUCAGUGAGGUUCGACACGUCUGAAGUCUUAAGUCCUGGUACCACCAUGAGUCCUGUGCUGCUCCUGUUCCUGCUGCCAACAACUCUGAGCUCAGAAUCCACAUCCACUCAAGCUGAAACCAGCACUGGUCUGAAAUUCAUUGUUGCUUUUCCAGAGAACAUUGCCUAUUAUCAUCCUGAUCAGCCCCAAAACAAGGUCAGAAUCACUGCCUUGUACCACAACACUGAGCUCAUCAUCAAAAUGAAUACAUCACAUAUCCAAACAGAGAUCCUGAAUGCUAGACAGACCUGGGAAUUUGCACCUGAUGCGAAACUGGAGCUUGACAGGUCUGAAAUUGCCAACAAAACUCUACUAAUUACCAGUGACAAGUUAAUUACCGUCCAUGUUGUCAGCCUUAAAAGCAACAGUAUGCAGACAAUUCUGAUUACCCCUGCUGACCGACUGGGCACAGAGUACCUCAUCCCACCAGUGCCCAUGAUUGAAGGAACUACUCACCCAGUGGACAUGGUGAUGAGAGAUGUAGCAGAAAGAGGUCCAUUCAAACUCAUUAUCAUCAACGUAGACCAAGAAAACACAGUAACUGUUCAAGGUGCAGUAUCCAAGGUUGUUUCACUUCAGCCCUACCAGGUUGCUCAGAUCUGGGUGAAAACAGAGGACAUACUGAGAACUGUGAAAGCUGAUCAGCCAGUGGCAGUCCUCUUCGGUCACUCCUGUGCCAUCCGGUACAACUGCACCUGUGGGCAGCUGUACACCCUGCUGCCGUCAGCCAGAGAAGAGCAGCAGAAGUUCUACAUUCCUCCUGUUCUGGCCAAAGGUGCUGAAGAUGAAACUUUUGUUCUUCUUUCCACCCAAGUGAGCCCCUUUAAUUCAAACUCAGGGCUAGUUAUGACAGCAGGCACAGCCAUGCUCUACCGUCCAGGCUUACUCCUCCCUCUGAUCCCUGAGAUUGACUUUGCUGCCUGUUCUGUAGUCAGCUUCAUCACCAGCGUGCAGAACUUUGCUGUGAUUGUGGUCCACAAGGAUUUUACUGAUGGGGUUCAUGUUGGAAGUCGUCCUUUGGAGAGUCCUGAGUGGCAGCAGCUGCAAGGGACAGAGUUGGUUUCCACAUCUGUUGUUCUGGCGUCAAACCAGACAGUCAUCUGGCACUCUUUCUCUAAAAUGGCCGUCUACUUUCUGGGAAAGAAGGCAGGUGCUGUGUUUGGGCACCCAGCAGCCGUCGUCAGUAAAAUCCCAGAUAUCAGAGGUUGUGUCGUGUCUCCAGAAGUUGUAAAAAUUGGACAACAUGCAGGCAGCUGGCAAGAAUCCCUGAAGUACUGCAAAGACAACAACCUGGAGCUGGUCAGUUUCCCCAAGGCUCAACUUCAGAGACAGAUUUAUGACAAAAUUGUCCAGGCCAAGAAUGACAGUCUGCAGGUUGUGUGGAUUGGCAUGCGUCGGAGCUCCCAGACUGGGGAAUGGUACUGGCUGAGCAGAGAUCCAGUCACUGACACCAACUGGGGGGACGGCGAGCCUGGCAUGGUGCACGAUGGCCAGUGUGCCAUCAUGAGUCUGGAAAGAAGCAAGGACUUUGGCUGGAGUGACGAGAACUGUUGCAAGAAUAUCCAUCCCCUGUGCUACAGCAGCCCUGUCCUCUUAUCCGUGUAGGGGGGUGAUCAAACAGGGUGACAGGAUGGAAACAUGAACCAGGCUCAUUGAAAAACAGGCUACUGAACACCAAGCUUUGUCUGCAGGUUUCAGAACUAGAUGUCAUAUGUUCCCAGUUCCUUUGUGAUUUACAUUAACUAUUUCUUUGUCUAAGUAGUUUAGUUUAUCUAACCUCAUCGAUACAUACACUGUAGUUGGCAUGAACUAUUUAUUAUUAUUAGAAUAACUUUUAUAAAGUUAGACAGUAACAGUAGUAUUACUGUUCAAAUUAAAAUUUAGGCAUGAUAAUAUCUGAAAAAUGUGGUCAAAAAGAUUAUUUCACCAAUGUUGUUAGUGACGUUAGGUGUCAGCUCAUAUUCAGGAGGUUUUGUUAGUCAUGUGGUUCGGUGAGGUUUGUACAUGUAUUCAAGAAUCUAACACCAGGUUCAGGUUCCCAUCACUGAGUGCUGCCACCUUCAAUGUGUCUGGAGAUACUCAAGGUUUUCUACAACUUUAUUAACAUAGUAACACCUGGAAACACUUUGAAGUGUGAAAUCAGUGAAACUCACCGUUGAAGAUAUUUUUUGCCCAACUAAACUAAACUAACAACCACACUGAUUUUGUUACUGCACAUACUUUGCAUCAACCUUUCCUUCUUAAAUAGUGCAAUUAAAGGUACAUUUGUGGUGACCCUGUUUGACUGACAGGACCAUUAUGGAGCAGAACAGUUUGAACACUUGUUUCAGGUCGGGUGCUGACAGACAUAUAAACGCCUAAAUGAAACUAAGCCAUGGAAGGUUCCAGCUGUUACUUUUGGUUUGAAUUUAGCUACUGCCUCAUAUACAUGGAACAUGAGACAUCACUAAAAUGCUGGAUUAACAAAAUCAUUUUUCAGUUCCAGGAAACUAACAUGAGGACCAACAGGAAAAUGUUCCCUUAGACAAGGCUAGCCGUGGCUAUUUCAGCAGCUAGCUCAUCUUUAACACUACAGUUUUUAGUUUUGUUUUGUAGCCCCACUAUACAUUACAGUUCUACAUUAUAUCUACAUAUUAUAUAUCUACAUUAUAGGUUUACAUUUAUAUGACAUCAGGAUUAUGAUUUAAAUGGUAAGUAAAUGCCAAAAAGUCUCGUCCUAACUCUUCUUUGACUGAAUAUAUAUUACUUUCUGCUUUGUUGGUUUUGUAGAGCAGUACUGGCCCUUAAAAUGAAUUAAGAACUGAUUGAUUAUUUAUCAGUCAGUCUGUAGACUACACACUGCUUGGUUAAGGAAAAUAAUAAAUCAUUUUCAGAUCAUGAAUUUCAUUCUAAAAUUUAAAUUUAUUUGUAGGUAGAAGAAACUCAGUUUGAUGUUACUGAUUGUUCCAUUAAAUCUGUUGUAACGUGUGAAUCCUGAGUGCUGUUUUGUGUGUUUUAUUUCCCACAUGUCCAAUAAACAUUUUAAUAGAUACACUGAUUCUAACAGAUCCACAACACUGUGGAAUAAAACUCACUUUGGUACUAUACUUAAGUACAAAUCUAAAGAACCUUCAUUUCGUUUCUUGUCACUUUCUACUCCUAUACAGUUAUCUGUCAGCUUUUGUCAAGUUAGUUUAGUUUUCAUGAAGAUUUUUGCACAGUUGACAGGAGGAGUGCAGAAAAUCAGGUAUUUCAGGCUUCAAAAAGCUGACAGUUUACAGGAAGGUGACAUCUGACAUAUGUGACAGAAGCAUAACCUUCUAAUUUACUGCCUUAAUUUAAUUUUCAAAUCAGUUUGAAGACAUUUUAAUUAAUAUCAUUAUUUCAGUGCUAACUUAUAAUACAAUACACUUUUACUUCUAAACUGAGCAUUUCUUCCAAGGAUGUCUCCAUCCAUCCAUUUUCUAUACCGCUUAUCCGUCAGGGUCG